UCUCUCUCUCUCUCUCUCUCUCUCUCUCUCCUUCCCAUGCUCGAGAUCGCAUUCUCUUGAACUCGAUUUUCAUCUCAUUGUGUUUAUGUUACAAACCUUUUAGAGGCAAAGAAGGUCUUUUGUUACUCGAUCUCCGUAGUCGAAAUCCGUAGUCGAAACAAUGUCUCCUCCUACGACAAGCAGCAAAUACUCUGAGGCUAAGACAGGCGUGUUCUGGGACGUGACGGAUUGUCCAAUCCCUACUGGUCUCGACCCUGGUUCGAUCCAUCAGAACAUCGAGUUAGCUCUUGCUAAAAAGGGUUAUCAUGGUGAGGUGACAAUCACGCCUUACUGUGAUAAGAACCAGUUCCCAGACGGACCAGAUGACUUUGAGUCUGCCGGAAUGAAGCUCAUACCCACAGGAGAUAAGCACAUGAGACUUAGGAAGAUGGUGCAAGAGUUCACAAGGUGGGUAUUGAAUGAAGGAUUGUCCAACUUUAUGGUAAUCUCACGGAACGGUAUGGAGUUAGCUAGGGCUCUCCAGUCUUUAAAAAGGAAUGGUCACAACAUCUUCUUUGCUCAUCCUCAACACGGUCCCAUCCAAACUAGGUCUUACGAUCUUGCCACCGAGCUAUGGGUUUGGGAGACCCUAGCUGCCGGAGGAGACCCCAUCGUCAAAACAAAAAGAGAUGCAGAAGUGAGCAACAAGGAGGAUGAUGUUUAAUGACUCUGUUUCUCAAGACUGGUUCUUUCAUGACAACUUUUAAGUAGUAGCUACAUAUGUUUAUAAGUUUCUAAAUAUUGUUUAGUAGUUAAUGUUACUAAUUAGCUACAUAUUGCUAGGUUAGUGUGUUUAGUGAUUAGUGAAUUGGGAACCAAACAAGUAGUUAUCUGUUUUAAUAAUAGUAUCAUCCUAUAUAAAGAUUUAUGAGAUUUUUAGUUCUUAA